CCACUACGUCCUUCGUACCAUUCAUCCUGGAAUUGUAGCUCUUGCUGUUUCUCCAUGACUUCUUCCGUCAUCACUCUCCUCCUCUUGGCCGCUGCCGCCGCCUCCGCUGUGGACGUCCUCGGCGCCGGGGCAGGGCGCAGCGAUGAGGAGGUGAGGCUGCUCUACCUGGAGUGGAGGUCCAAGCACCGCCCCUUGCAAAACGCCCUCGACUUCGACGGCGACCGCUUCGAGAUCUUCAAGGACAACCUCCUGUACGUGGACGAGCACAACGCGGCCGCCGACCGCGGGGACCACGCCUUCCGCCUGGCCGUGAACCGCUUCGCCGACCUCACCAACGACGAGUACCGGGCCAGGUACCUCGGGAACUCCUCCCGCCGGAGGAGAGCCGCCGGGGAGAAGGCCAGUGACCGAUAUCGGCUGAGGGACGGCGACGACCUCCCCGAUUCCAUCGAUUGGAGAGAGAAGGGCGCCGUCGUCAGCGUUAAGGAUCAGGGCAGCUGCGGGAGUUGCUGGGCGUUCUCGGCGAUUGCUGCCGUGGAAGGCAUCAACCAGAUCGUCACCGGCGACUUGAUUUCUCUGUCAGAGCAGGAAUUGGUGGACUGCGACACCUCCUACAACGAGGGCUGCAAUGGUGGACUCAUGGACUAUGCGUUCGACUUCAUCAUUCAAAACGGCGGCAUCGACAGCGAUGAGGAUUACCCGUACAAGGGCCGAGAUACAACAUGCGAUACUUACAGGAAAAAUGCUCAUGUCGUUACGAUCGAUUCGUAUGAAGAUGUUCCAUACAAUGACGAGAAGUCCUUGCAAAAGGCUGUUGCCGGCCAGCCGGUUAGCGUUGCUAUUGAAGCGGCUGGCAGGGCUUUCCAAUUCUAUUAUUCGGGAAUAUUCACUGGAUACUGCGGGACUUCACUGGAUCACGGUGUGACUGCUGUCGGCUACGGCUCCAAGAACGGCACGGACUAUUGGAUCGUUAAGAACUCAUGGGGCGACGACUGGGGAGAGGCCGGGUACGUGCGGCUGCAACGAAACAUCGCCUCCGCCACCGGCAAGUGCGGCAUCGCCAUGGAGCCUUCGUAUCCCAUAAAGACAGGGGCGAAUCCGCCCAACCCAGGCCCGUCGCCGCCUUCCCCCGUCAAGCCGCCCACCGUGUGCGAUGAGUACUACACCUGCCCGGAGAGCAACACCUGCUGCUGCGUCUACGAGUACGGCAGCUACUGCUUCGCUUGGGGAUGCUGCCCUCUCGAGGACGCCACCUGCUGCGACGAUCACUACAGCUGCUGCCCCUACGACUACCCUAUCUGCAAUACCAGGGAUGGAAUAUGCCAAAUGAGUAAGAACAGUGCCCUUAGCGUGAAGGCCUCCAGACGGACUGCUGCCGUUCCCUAUUGGACUCGCCCUGGCUCUGAAGCUCUGAAGAGCAGUGCAUGAGAAGAAGAUUAGCUACGGCCUCCAGAAGAUCGUUUAUAAGCUCGUAAUCAUGGUAGUACAAUGCACUUCUAUUAUCAUGCAUAUUAUGGAUACUGCACUGGAACUUGGGUUAUGAAUUGUAUAUGAAGUUGGAGAUCUUCCUAA